AUUCCGGGAAGAUUGAAAACAGGUGUGGAUCGAGCUCUUAACUGGGGUGUUAGUAUUCAGAGUAGAAGUCUUCGAGAAAUUUGAUCAGUCCUAGAUUUUCCUUUGAAGAUUGGGAAUUUGCUGGAUCUCCCCUAAAUUUCUCUCCAGUUUAUCACACCAAAAUACUAACGUAUGUCUACUCAAGUGUGGGCUAGUCCGAAAAUCGAGCGUCGAUGCAAAAUUGAGGCUCAAAUCAGGUCACUAAACAGCGCUUACAAAUGGCUUUCAGUUGAUGUGCUGGUGGGAAUGUGUGUACUUAUAGAAUUUUAUAUUCAACCAUUUUUCCGUCUGUUCUCGUUCCCUGUGGGAUGGAUGUCUUCGUAUGAAAAGUUGAUAUUGUCAUCUUUUACUCUUCUUACCGCCUGCAUUUCAUACCAUAUAUUCGUGAUAAUAAGUUCAACGUUGGUUCGAAGAAUGGAUUCAGGUAAUUCUCAUAACCAGUCAGCUUUAAGAUUGCACUCAUCACCGCUAAACAAGUCACUCGUUGGUCCUUCUAUGUUCUGCUCAAGUUUAUUGAAGGACAGCUUAGACAUCAGUUCUUGUGGAGCUACCUUUGGGAACUCAUCAUUUGAAAUCACCAGUGGAUCUCCUGCUAGAUCAGCAGUUCCCUAUGCAGAUGUCGGUAUUACACAGUCCAUAAGUGAAAAUCAACCUAUUUGGAAACAAUCAGGGAUUAGUACAGUGUCACCGCAGCAUAAUCAGUCCCAUAGCAAUUUAUCACAGCCACACUGUGGAUCUUUUCGGGUUUCUGGAAGUCCGGGAGUUCAAGAAAAUCUUUCUCUCCUGGAUUUGGCCCUCAGUCCAAUUGUGAAUUCUGGACUUGGCUCAGUGCUACCACCUUUUGGUAGCGGAGAGGCUCCUGGACAAAGUUCAGGGAGCAUACGUCGUUCUGUCACUUGGUCUUCUCCAUUUUUAACAUCAGGGACAUCCCCACGAUACCAAUAUCAGGCUGCUUAUAUUCAACCUACUAAUCCUUGCCAACAAUACUUGAAUGAUUCACAAAAAUCUUUAUCUGGACCAGCCUUUAUCCCAAACAGUAUAACUCCUGAUUCUGGGAAAAGUGAUCGUGAAAUCAACGAACGUUUUGAAGAUGAGUAUUGGAUUGAAAAUCAAGUUAGUAAAAGCGAUUUAGAUCGUUGGACUCUAAAUCUUCGAAAGUGGCUUCAUGGUACAAUCAUUCGACGUAUUGUCAAUGAAAUUGACACAAUUAAUCGGAAUCUUGAAGAAGCUGGUGGUGAUAAAACUCUUAUUGGAUCCACGAGUUUAGCUACACUUCAACAAUUCUCCUCUCUUAAAUACCAAUACUUACCAACACUUCCAGUGUUAUUGGCAUUUUUAGAUUUUAUGAAAGAUCAAGGAUAUUUGGUGAAUCGAUUACACGAAUUGGCUAGAGAAAGCUGUCUUCAAGAGUUUCGUUGGGAUUCUGGAUCAAAAAGUACUGAAUGGCCAUGGAAAGAACAUUUACCAUCUGAUAGCAUUAUUCUGUUACAUUUAUUUGCUACUUAUAUGGAUACACGUAUGCCGCCACAUCCCAAAUGUUUAUCUGGUCGUGUAUUUAGUCAAUUGAAUGUUGUUCGACUUCCAGAUAAACCUGAUUUAAAAAGCAAACAUAAUUGUCAAUUUUAUCAAGUUGCUGUACAACCACCACAAUUCAAAUUGGUAUUAAAUGGAAGAAUAUACAAUUUGAUUUCUGUAAAUUUUCCUCUUUUUUUGUUGUUGUUGAUUGAUUGACAACUAUUUAAUCUUAAUUUUUCUAGGGUCCCAAAAAUAUCUACCAUGCUAUCUUAUUAUUCUUUCAUUAUUAUGUAACAAGGAAUGAAAAAUUUAGGUAAGUUGUUGUAUAUAACAUAAAUUAUAUUUUAGAUCAGAAGGGGGUUUUGGUGGAGAUUUUCAGUAUUUUUUUUUUCAUAGUUGAAAGCAUGAGUUAAUUAAAGCUAGAUCACCAAAAAAAAAAACACAACCUGAAUGGCCGUUUCGUCCUAUUUUGGGACACCUCGACAAUGCGCAUCUACUAUCCUGCCUCGCUUACUGCUGAGGAGUUUCACAAGAGGACGAAACGGCCGUCAAGCAAUGCUUCCAGUUUUUUCGUGGUGGUCUAAUUUCAAUUGACUCACGCUUUCAACUAUGAAAGUUCUUUAAUUGUUAAGCCAUUGGUACACAAUAAGCUGACACGAUUUAUAGUACUUCCUUGAUGAAAUAUCCAGGACCUAGAUUUCGUGCUUGUUAAGACUUGCAAGCAUCUCUUACUUAAAUAUAAAAGGAAUCCAUAUUCCUCUUUGAAUUUGUACAUGAAUCACUUAGAUUCACAGUCUGAAUGUGUGAUUUUUGUUUCUCUCUCUUUCAUAGAUCCGUUUCACUUGGUCCAUCAGGUUUAAAUGUUGCAUGGAUAUUUUCUAAAAAUUGAUUGUAACUAUCACCACCAACAACAACAAAGAAGAGAAAGAUAUUAACUGUAAAAUAAUUUUUUGUAUUGUGUAUAUGUAUUCUCCUAUUCUAAUUAUUGAUGUUUCAUGUUUAUCCUUUGUAUUCAAAAUGUAGAGUUCGUGUUGAAUCC